UUUCUCUUCUCUGUCAACAUAGCUGAGAUUGAGAGAUCAAGCACAAGUUGUGUGAGGAUUGUGCUUAUUGGAAAAACUGGAAAUGGGAAAAGUGCCACAGGAAACACUAUACUCAAAAGAAAGGCAUUUAAAUCUCAAGCCAGUUUUAAAUCUGUAACAUUCUCGUGUCAGAAGGAAGAGGGGUUUGUUAAUGGACAUCCAGUCACUGUUGUUGAUACUCCGGGUCUUUUUGACACACAACUCCCUACAGAGGAUGUUAAGCAAGAGAUACUGAAGUGCAUCAGUCUCCUCUCUCCAGGACCUCAUGUGUUCCUGCUGGUGCUUAGAAUUGGAAGAUUCACUGGUGAAGAAAAAGAAACUCUGAACCUGAUCAAGGAAACUUUUGGGAAGAAUGCUGGAAUGUUUAGCAUCAUAAUAUUCACCCAUGGUGAUCAGCUGCAAGAUCAGUCAAUUGAGAGCUGUCUGGAAGAUACAGAUCCACAUAUGAAGAAGCUGAUCAGAGAUUGUGGAGGAAGAUAUCUUGUGAUUGACAACACAAAACAAGGUGAUUCUAAUCAAAUCAUUGACUUGCUGGAAAGAAUCAACAGUAUGGUUGAAAAGAAUGGAGGAGGAUGUUACACCAAUGAGAUGUUUCAGGAAGCAGAAGCUGCCAUAAAACUGGAAAUGGAACGAAUAUUACAGGAGAAGAAAGAAGAGAUGGAACGAGAGAACAAAUGUUUACGUGACAAACAUGAGAUAGAGAUGGCAGAGAUGAAGAGGAGAAUAGCAGAACAAAGAGAGCAAAUGGAAAGAGAGAGAAAGGUAAAGGAGGAAGAACUCACACUCAAGGAAGAGUUCUUGCAAAAUGAACUUAAAAGACGAGAUGAACAAGAAGAGAGGGAGAAGAGAGAAAGACAAGAAGAGGAAGAGCAGAGAAAAAAUGAAGAGGAGAGGAAACAGGAGGAAUGGAACAGAAAACAACAAGAAUUAGAAGAAAAACGGAUAAAAUUGGAGAAAGAGCAACAGAAGAGAGAUCAGGAAUAUAGAGAGCAGUAUGAAAGAGAGAAGAGAGAACUGGAGGAACUUCAUAAAAUGAGACUUAAGAGAAAACAUGAGGAAGGAUACCAGAUGAGACUUAAAGAGGAGAGGAGUGAAUGGGAGCUGAAAGAAAAGAAAAUGAUUGAAGAAUUUGAAGAAGAAAAAAUGAAAAGAGAAGAAAAGGAGAAGGAGAGGACUGAAAAAGAGCUUAAAGAAAGAAAGAAAAUAGAGAGAGAGUAUGAGAACAGCAAAAUAGAGAUGAGAAAACAAAAAGAAGAAUGGGAAAAAUCAUGGAAGGAGGAAUGGGAUAAAAGAGUGAAAGAGGAGAAGGCAAGGAGAGAGGAAGAGAGAGAGAAACUGAGAAAGCUCGAAGAAGCAUUUGAACGAGAGCGUAAAGAGGAGGAGGAGAAGAGAAAGAGAGAAGAUAAAGCCAGACGAGAACAGGAAGAGAGAGAACGAAAAGAAAUGGAGGAAGAACAUGAAAGAAAAUUAAAAGAAAUGAAAAGAAAGUAUGAAGAUGAGGCCAGAAAACAUGCAGAAGAAUUCAAUGAAUUCAGAGAGAAAUAUGAGAAAGACUUUCUUACUCUGAUGUUUAAACAUGAUUCAGAGAUGCAGGAGCUCAAGCUAAAGCAUGAAAAAGCAUGUUAUGAGCAUGAAAACCAGUACAGCGUAUUGAGCGAACUCUCAAAGCAAAAAGAGAAAAAUCUGAAUGAAAAAAUGAAAGAAAUGGGAGAGAGACAUCAAAAAGAGGUUGAUGAGCUGAAUAAGAAGUAUGAGGAUAAAUGUGUUUUACUGUAGGAUAUCCUUACUUGAUUUAUGCCCUGACAUGAAUAAGGUUAGAAUAAGGUUAUAUGCUUCUCAGAGACACAAUAGCUGCUUCUUUUUAUUGUAAAUAUAUAUAUAUAUAUAUAUAUAUAUAUAUAUAUAUAUAUAUGUAUGUAUAUAUAUAUAUUGGCAGAACAAAAUUGGUCAUUAAAAUGCUGUUGGUCUGAAUAUCUGUUGUUGAUCAGAACAAAAGCAUUCUUUAAACACUUUCCAAUAAGGAUAGGUAAGCUGAUUUUUAUUAUUUUAUUUUAAUAUUUUAUUUGAGGAUUUUAUAAUAUCAUCUAAAAAAUACAGCAUUCUGAAAAAGAUUUAAUUUUCUACUGAAUAUUAUCUUGCCAUUAAUGUAUAGAACGGAUGCUAGCAGUCUGUUUAAAGUCAUGCUCAUUAAAAGUACUGUCCUCUUUCUGUCACUCUAAUAGUUAUCAGAAUAUUUGCAUUCAUUAUGGUGCACUUUGCCGUGGUUAUGUAAUAUGCAAUUUUAAAUACCGCUAUUUAAUAAUUGUUUGCGUUUUUUCAAUAAACAUUUACCUUCUUAAAAUACUUUUUGUGUGUUUGGUUUUUUGCAUACAUUGUAAGGACCAAAUUUCCCCACAAGGAUAGUAAAACCUGACAUUUCUGUCCCAGCGAGGGAAAUAAAAUAUUAAAUUCACUAUCUGAAGCAUC